AGCCGCACCACCGGACCGCACGCUUUGCAUUUAUCAUGAUGCAGUUUGAAUAUGAACCUGAGGUGCUUAUUGAGGCUGUAAAAAAACGACCUGGCAUUUGGGACAACGAAAAUGUUGACUACAGGUCGAAGUCGGCUCGUCACAAGCUGUGGUUACAAGUCGUUCGUGAAGUGGCAGGCGAGGACGUAAAAGUAUCAAAGAGUGAAAUGCGCGAGUUAGAACUACAGCUUCAGAAAAAGUGGAAGAGCAUACGAGACUGCUUCCAUAAAUACGUAACAAACCCAAAAAGGACAAGAAAACCAUACGUAUAUUGUCGUCACUUAGAUUUCAUAUUGAAAAAGAAAAGUCGUUCCAGUCGCGAUGAUGAAGCAGAAGAAGCUGCGCCUAAACAAUGUUGGAAGCACUUGAGAAAGAUAAAAUUAACCAAAAUGAGCUCAGACGAGGAGGAGGACGACGACAUGGAUUUCUUUGUGGAGGAUGAUGUACAGGCUGUGAAUGAUGUUAAAGUGGAGCCGCCACCGCCAAAACCUAUUACCGAAUUCGCUUUUGCGAAUGUAGAAGGUCCGGGAAAGAGUGACGAUGACGAUCCAGAUAGAAUGUUCCUUUUAUCCUUACUCCCACACAUCAAGGCCAUACCCGAUGAGUAUAGAUUGAAUGUCAAAAUGGAUUUAAUGCAAGUACUGAGAAACGCCACCAAUUUUCACGUAGAUAGUAUAAAAAUGAAUGAAAGUAGCUUUAACAUACAAUAGGUUAAUAAGAACAUUCCUACUAGAUUAGUAAUAAAUGACUAGUAAAAUUUAUAGAACAUCUUCAACAGCAGACAUUGUUUUAUAUUAUAAUAACUGCCCGCGCGAACUUCGUUUCUCCUUAAUGUGGUUUUAGUUAGCCUUAAUACCGCGCAC